GUUAGAGAAGAUAUAACUUCAUCUCCUUUGUCUGAAAUUGAGUUUAUGCUAACAUGCUUUGAUAGCUCAGUCUUAUUGAUCUUUUCUUAGUUGUUCUAAGGUUGAUGUAACAGUUUCUUCUCUGAGAAAUUAAGAAUGUUUUGGCUGAGAAAAUUUUGGAUAAUUAUUUUAGUUUUGGUCGUUGAUGUUUUUGGAGCAAGGGUCCACGCUGUUCCUGCCAAACCUCGUCGGAUUCUGUUAGAUACCGAUGUUGAUACCGAUGAUUUCUUCGCUCUUUUGUACCUCUUGAAGCUCAACCGAUCGGAAUUCGAAUUGGAGGGGAUCACUAUAAACACGAAUGCAUGGACCAAUGCUGGACAUGCGGUGAAUCAAAUUUACGACAUCCUUUACAUGAUGGGUCGCGACGACAUAGCUGUUGGUGUCGGAGGAGAGGGUGGAAUCCUUGAAGAUGGCACCAUAUUACCGAACGUUGGUGGAUAUCUUCCGAUUAUCGAACAGGGGAUGACAACAGCUGGAGGUUGUAGGUAUAGGCAAGCAAUUCCGGUAGGCCUCAGAGGACGAUUGGAUUUCGACACUAACUACGGCAUCCGAAAAUCAUUUCUUCCGCAGGGCAGCAGGAAAUAUUCUCCUCUUAAACAACCUACUGCUCAGCAAGUAAUGAUCGAGAAAACAUCAGCCGGUCCGAUAACCGUUUUCGUAACCGGAGCUCACACGAAUUUCGCUGUUUUUCUCAUGAAGAACCCGCAUCUAAAGCGAAACAUCGAGCACAUAAAUGUCAUGGGUGGUGGAGUAAGGUCCAAUAACCCAACAGGUUGUUGCCCCAAACAUGGUACCCCACAUUGCCACCCUCGCCAAUGUGGUGACCCUGGAAACCUGUUCACGGAUUACAACACUAAUCCUUAUGCCGAAUUCAAUAUCUUCGGAGACCCUUUCGCAGCAUAUCAGGUGUUUCAUUCAGGUAUACCGGUUACUCUUGUUUCUUUAGAUGCAACAAACACCAUCCCUAUAACCGAGGAGUUUUUCAAGGCAUUUGAGCAGAGCCAAUGGACAUACGAAGCACAAUAUUGCUUUAAAUCCUUGAAAAUGGCUCGGGAUACUUGGUUUGAUGACCGAUUUUAUACGAGCUAUUUCAUGUGGGAUUCGUUCACAUCAGGUGUUGCAGUGUCGAUCAUGCGUAAUUAUGGGAAGAACAAUGGGGAAAAUGAAUUUGCUGAAAUGGAAUACAUGAAUAUAAGUGUGGUUACUUCGAAUGAACCUUAUGGAAUAUGUGAUGGUUCAAAUCCGUUGUUUGAUGGGCGUCAUUUUCCAAAGUUUAAAUUGAAUAAAAGUGGGUUGCAUAGCGGCCAUGUCCAGAUGGGACUUCGUGAUCCAUUUUGCUUUGUAGAGAAUGGGGAAGGGAAAUGCAAGGAUGGUUACACAGAGGAGGGAACCGGUCCAGAUUCAGUUCGUGUACUUGUUGCAACAAAGGCAAAACCUAAUCAUGAUCUUACCAGCAAACUCAACAGAGAAUUUUUCACAAAUUUUUUGGAUGUUUUAAAUCGACCUGAAAAUACAGCAAGGUUCAAUCUCACAACAGAAUUCCCUCAUUUCAGACAAGCUUUUUACGAACCAGAUUUUAAAAACAAAACUCUAGGGAAACCUGUCGUUUUCGACAUGGAUAUGAGUGCCGGAGAUUUUAUGGCUUUGUUUUAUCUCCUCAAAGUUCCUGUGGAACUACUCAACCUUAAGGCAAUAUUAGUGAGUCCAACAGGUUGGGCCAACGCAGCAGCAAUCGAUAUCGUUUAUGAUUUGCUGCACAUGAUGGGACGUGAUGACAUUCCAGUUGGUCUUGGAGAUGUAUUCGCUAUGAGCCAAUCUGACCAAAUUUUCCAUCUUGUUGGUGACUGUAAAUAUGCCAAGGCUAUCCCACAUGGGAGUGGAGGAUUUCUGGAUUCCGAUACCCUUUACGGGUUAGCUCGGGACUUACCACGAAGCCCGAGAAGGUAUACAGCAGAAAACUCUGUAAAAUUUGGAGCUCCAAGGGAUACAGAUCAGCCUGAACUAAGACAACCUUUGGCACUGGAAAUUUGGACUUCAAUAUUGAAAACUAUGGAUCUUGGAUCAAAAAUUACUGUAUUGACUAAUGGACCUUUGACGAGUUUAGCAAAAAUUAUAACUAGAACAAAUUCAACUUCAUUCAUUCAGAAUGUGUAUAUUGUAGGAGGACAUAUCAGCAGAAGUAGCCUUGAUGAAGGAAAUGUCUUCACUAUUCCUUCCAAUAAAUAUGCUGAAUUAAACCUGUUCCUUGACCCGAUCGCAGCAAAAACAGUCUUCAAAUCAGGCUUAAAUAUUACGCUUAUUCCGCUCGGCACUCAGCGCAAAGUCAGUCGGUUCAUCGAGACCAUAAAGCGGCUGCAGUUGACAAGAACUCCUGAAGCACGGUUUGUGAAGAGUCUGUUGUCCAGGCUAUACACUUUGAAGCAAGCUCAUCACAGAUACCGUCAUACGGAUAUAUUCUUUGGUGAAAUCCUUGGAGCUAUAUUAAUGGCUGGAGAUCAACGCAAACUGAAACCCACCAUGCAAGAAAUGCCCAUCAAAGUCAUUGCUGAAGGUAUUGAAGCCAUUGAUGGGCAGAUUUUGAUUGAUGAAAAACAUGGGAAAUUAGUACAAAUAUUAAAAAAUAUUGAUCCCAUGGCAUAUUAUGACCAAUUUGCUGAUAGAUUGGGUGAUGAAAAGCGAUCAGCUGUAUUAGGAAGCUAUGAUGAACAGAGAAAAAUGUGGAAUACACCACCUAAUCGAACUUAACAAAUUCUCAUUAAUAUUUCAGAUAACAUGAAACAAAGAAGUUAAAGACUAAAUUUCUGUCUUGUUCCUUUGA